GAAAUGAUUUUUCAGACUCUUCUUACACAUACCAAGUAACCUCUCUCUCUCUCUCUCCAUCGUCAACUGGGUUUCCUCAGCUCGAAAAUGAAGUCUCCAACUUUAGCUCAUCAACACCAUUUUCUCUCCGGAGGCAAAACCAUCAACAGAUUUCCCAACCUCAAUGCUCGCCUUCAUUCUUCACCCUUUACCGUCCGUAUGGCGCAACGCGACGAUGGCCCCUCCAUCGCUGUCGUGGGUGUCACGGGAGCCGUCGGGCAAGAAUUUCUCUCCGUUCUUUCUGAUCGUUCAUUUCCAUAUAAAUCAAUAAAAAUGCUAGCUUCAAAGAGAUCAGCUGGGAAACACCUUACAUUCGAGGACAAAGACUACGUUGUCGAGGAGUUAACUGAGGAAAGUUUUCACGGAGUCGAUAUUGCUCUGUUCAGCGCCGGAGGUUCGAUUAGUAAGCAUUUUGGACCAAUUGCUGUUGAUUCUGGGUCAAUUGUUGUUGACAAUAGUUCGGCUUUCCGUAUGGUUGAUGGUGUGCCGCUGGUUAUUCCUGAGGUUAAUCCGGAUGCUAUGUCGCAUAUCAAGAUUGGGACUGGGAAGGGAGCUUUGAUUGCUAAUCCUAACUGCUCGACAAUUAUAUGCUUGAUGGCUGCAACUCCUCUUCAUCGUCAUGCUAAGGUUUUGCGCAUGGUUGUUAGUACAUAUCAAGCAGCCAGCGGUGCUGGUGCUGCUGCAAUGGAAGAACUUGUGUUGCAGACUCGUGAGGUUUUGGAAGGGAAAGAACCCACAUGUAACAUCUUCAACCAGCAGUAUGCUUUUAAUCUGUUCUCGCACAAUGCACCUGUUCUUUCGAAUGGAUACAAUGAAGAAGAAAUGAAAUUAGUUAAGGAGACAAGAAAGAUCUGGAAUGACAAGGAUGUUAAGGUGACUGCCACUUGCAUUCGGGUUCCAGUUAUGCGUGCACACGCUGAAAGUGUCAACCUUCAAUUCGAGACACCCCUCGAUGAGGACACUGCUCGAGAGAUUCUGAAGAAGGCUCCAGGUGUGGUUAUCAUAGAUGAUCGAUCAGGCAAUCGCUUCCCCACCCCAUUGGAAGUAUCAAACAAGGACGAUGUUGCUGUUGGUAGAAUACGCCAAGACUUGUCUCAAGAUGGGAAUUACGGGUUGGAUAUCUUUGUCUGUGGGGAUCAAAUAAGGAAAGGAGCAGCUCUUAAUGCAAUCCAAAUCGCAGAAAUGUUGCUAUAGGUCUCCUCCAUUGAAAUGCAAAUUUUUUAUUACAAGACAGGAAGAUGAUUUUGGUUCCCACAUACCUAUCUUCUUGAAUCUUCCUUCUUCUCCGUUAUGUUGUUAUGCAUUUGGUUUGUUGGUUGAAUUCAACAUUGUAGGUUUCAUAGGUUUCUUCUUUCAGAUUGAGAAAUCUAUUUGAAGCAAUUUGGUCAUGAGAGUAUUUAUUUAGGUUUUUAGAUGUUUGUUUCA